GGGGCCAAAAUGCAGUACUUCUUUUGUCUCCUACUGUUGAUGGCGGUUUACUCCAAGUCUCACAGCACCCCGUGCGAGAAAGGCUGCGACUGUCACGAGGAGCUGAAACUCACCACUUGCACUAACGCCCUCUUUACCCAACUGCCCAACCACAUCCCUCCUUACACGGAACACCUGGACCUAUCUAUGAACCUCCUAACCUUUAUUCCGAAGAGUUCCUUCCGAAUGGAACGCAAACUGAGGGUUCUGCUUAUGAAGGACAACAACAUCAACGCUGUGGCCGAUGGGGCCUUCACCCAGCUAGAGUUCCUUCAGAAGUUGGACCUGAGCUGUAACAGGAUCUCGUCCCUGAGCGAGAGCUUCUCCCUGGGCCUGAAUGCUCUGAGAGAGCUGCAGCUGAGCCACAACCACCUGCACACCCUUGACAGCAGGAGCUUCAUGCACCUGGAUGGCCUACAGAGGCUCAACCUUACUGGCAACGCCAUCCAUAAUAUCCAGGUGAGGUCCUUUGGCUCAUUGUCCACCUUGCGGCAGCUCCACCUGGAGGGCAACCAUCUCGUCUCCCUCAACAACGGGGUGUUCUCCAUGCUGAAGUCCCUGGAGGUCCUCAACCUGCAGGGGAACCAGAUCAACAAGACCCAAGAGGGUGUCUUCACACCCAUGACCUCCCUGGCCCUGCUCAACCUGGCCCACAACCAGAUGAGCACCAUCUACUUUAAGACCUUCCUAAGCAUCCAUACCUACAGUACCCAUAUCCUGUUGGAAGGAAACCCCUGGAACUGCAAUUGUGACCUGCAGAGAGUGUUCCAUAAGCUUAGAAGUGUUCAAAGGCUCUUCUUGGAUGAUUACUAUAAUCUUAGCUGUAAUGCUCCGACAGAACUAGCGAACUACAGGUUGAUGGAUGUGGAUACGGAGCUGUGUAUCGCCGAGGUGGUUAUUGUGCUGAUUAUCACGAUCACCGUGGUGAUAACAGUGUUGGGGGCCAUCGUCAUGGCGGAGAGGAAGAGAAAGAAGAAGAAGAGGGGAAAGCAUUGGACGGAGCAGGGCAACUUGUCUGACUCAGAUCACUAGGGAUUGACUUCUUCUCGGCAACACAAUCCUUUUAAUACAUUUGUACAGUAACAUGACGAAAAUAUCUAUCAGAGACAGUUAUAAGCGUUGUCAUAUUUUAAAGGGCAUUUAGUAGGCUAUUGUACAAUUUCACCAAUUAUUUAUUGUGCACAAGUGUAUUAAUCAAUUACUCAAUAUGUACACUUUCUCCAUUUGUAAUAAUACCAGAAUUUGUAGUGUUCUAUUAGAUACUUUGAUAUACAAUAUGAACAAUACUGCAGGUGUGAAAAAUAAUACAUUAAACGAAAUUGAAAUGUG